AUUAUGUUAGCUGACAAAACUAGUGCCUAUGUGAAUUAAAGCUCAGUUUAAUCUAAACAGCCAAGUAAAAGAGUGGUAAUAGAUUCUAAUAAUCCUAGCAACUUGAUAUUUAAUAUGUAGCACAAACUUUCGAAAAAACAUAAUCCAUUAAUAAUCUUUAAGAUAUGUUCCCAGAUAAUCAAUCCACUGAAUUAAGAAAUUCUAUGACAAAUGAGGAAAGUGAAAUUGAAAAAUUAUCUUAAGCAUAUGCAGAUAAAUACUAUUAUGAGAUGAAAUUCGAGUAAUAUUAGAAUUUGCUAACAUAAUAAUAAGGCACAAUUACGAAAUUGCUUAAUGAGAAAAAGGAUUUGCUUGCCCGACUUGAAUCUGCUAAAAGCAAUGAAAAAGAAAUCAGUUUAUUGUAAUAAUUGGAAGUCAAAUUUAUUGAAAGUCAAAAAGAAAAAUAAUAGUUAUAAAUAGAGUGUUAAUAAUAUAAAUAUUAAGUUGAAUAAUUACUCAUCGCUAAUAAUGAAUUAUAAUAGUCGUUUCAAUCCUUACAUAAUUAAUUUGUUGAAUAUAAAGACAAAUAGGAUAAAUAUUCAAUUAAAUAGCAAGAAUUGAUUGCCAAAUUAACUGAUGAUAUUACAAAUCAAAAAUAUUUAAAAGAAAUUCAUUCUCAAAUGUCAACUAUAAAACUAUAAAAUAAUCAACUUUCCGAAUAAUUGACUUAAUAAGAACUCAAUUUUUAAAUCAAACUCACAGAAAUACAAGAAAAAUAUGUUAUCUAAAGUAAUGAAUUGACAUAAGACUGUGAAUCUUAAAUUGAAUAAAAGGAAGAAGAGUUGCAUUUGUUAAAAAUUGCACUUGAAAAAUAAAAGUCAGAUACCCAAAAAUUACUAAAUGAAAACCUUUUGUUAUAAAAUAAAAUUUCAGAAUUGAAUUAGAAGUAUAUUAUUAAUAUUUAUUAUUAAUAGCUAUUAAGAUGAUAUAUAGGCUUAAGCUUCACUACUCUCUGAAUAAGUGGCAGAGUAUAAGAUAGUAAUAUAGAAUCUAGAAAAUUAAUUAUACCAAAUGAACUAAGAAAUUAAAUAACGAGACAGAUCUUCUUCAAAAGACAGUAUGAUAAAUUCAAGAUUGAUUUCGAAUUAUAUUAGCAGAUAUAAGCAAUGA